AUUGCUCAUAUCUUCUUCUCAAUUCCAAUUUUGUAAUCCUUAUCUCAAAUUAAUUUCUAUUUUUAUAACUACUUAAUCUCAAUUAGAAGAAGCCUGCUCUCUAAUAACAAAAAAAAAAAGCCGUUUGGGAUUUCUUUUACACGAACACAUUCUUCCGAUCUUUCUUGUUUUUAACUUACCGGUAAUAACGAAGAUAUGCAGAGGUUUUUCUCCGCCAGAUCGAUUCUCGGUUACGCCGUCAAGACGCGGAGGAGGUCUUUCUCUUCUCGUUCUUCGUCUCUCCUAUUCGACGACACUCAGUUACAGUUUAAAGAAAGUGUAUCCAAGUUUGCGCAAGAUAAUAUCGCUCCUCAUGCAGAAAGAAUUGAUAAAACUAAUUCAUUUCCAAAGGAUGUAAACUUAUGGAAGCUAAUGGGUGAGUUUAAUCUCCAUGGAAUCACUGCGCCAGAGGAAUAUGGAGGGCUAGGUCUUGGUUACUUGUAUCAUUGUAUUGCAAUGGAGGAAAUCAGUCGGGCCUCGGGUUCAGUUGCUUUGUCUUAUGGUGCUCAUUCCAACCUUUGCAUCAAUCAAUUGGUGAGGAAUGGAACUGCAGCCCAAAAGGAAAAGUAUUUGCCAAAGCUUAUCAGUGGAGAGCAUGUUGGUGCUCUUGCAAUGAGUGAACCUAAUGCUGGUUCAGAUGUUGUUGGCAUGAAAUGCAAGGCUGAGAAGGUAGAUGGUGGUUAUAUACUAAAUGGCAACAAGAUGUGGUGCACUAAUGGUCCAUCUGCUGAAACACUGGUUGUUUACGCGAAAACUGAUACAAAAGCAGGUUCCAAAGGAAUCACGGCUUUCAUCAUAGAGAAAGGAAUGACCGGAUUCAGUACUGCUCAGAAAUUGGACAAACUAGGAAUGCGGGGAAGCGAUACGUGUGAGCUUGUUUUUGAGAAUUGCUUCGUUCCAGAGGAAAAUAUUCUAGACAAGGAAGGAAAAGGAGUGUAUGUUCUGAUGUCAGGUCUGGAUUUGGAGAGACUUGUUUUAGCAGCUGGGCCCUUAGGGAUCAUGCAGGCAUGCCUCGACAAUGUUCUUCCCUAUAUUCGCCAGAGAGAACAAUUUGGUCGUCCAGUUGGGGAAUUUCAGUUUAUACAGGGUAAAGUUGCUGAUAUGUACACUGCAUUACAAUCUUCAAGGUCAUACGUUUACUCUGUUGCGAGGGACUGUGACAAUGGGAAAGUUGACCCAAAGGACUGCGCCGGAACUAUUCUUUGUGCGGCCGAGAGAGCAACGCAGGUCGCUUUACAGGCGAUACAAUGUUUAGGCGGAAAUGGAUACAUAAACGAAUAUGCAACAGGACGCCUUCUAAGAGAUGCAAAGCUAUAUGAAAUCGGUGCAGGGACAAGCGAGAUCAGAAGGAUUGUCAUCGGUCGCGAGCUUUUCAAAGAAGAAUAGAGAUAAGUCUGUUUUCUGCAUUGCCAAUGCGACAUUUUCAUUCUGUACACGUAUAUAUAAUUCACAGUGUCCUUAAUAACCUCACAAUAAGAAAAAUAGCUUCAAGCAAUCCUCUAGAAACCAUAUCAAUUAUUAGUCACAUUAUGUGUGACAUGUUAUCACGAUACCAGCAUGCCAAUCUAACACUGACACUUCUGGUUAAACUUA